UUGACGUUUUGAAAAUUCGCGCGCACGUCGUAAACACUCGCAAGUUCACUUCGCUGCUGUAGAUCGUCGUGUCGUUUUCCAAGAUUUUUGUUGAAAUAAUCGCGAUUUUUCGGUCUAUUUUGUCCUGUUUUUAAUACGAAAUAAUAGUGAUUGAAGUGAUUACUUGUUUAGGUGAACGUACUCAAGUUGCAGAACCGAAACGUUGCCAUUCCAAAUCUCAUAGACCAGAUCCGAUUCAGGAACGAACAGGAAUAAGUACCUAUCAGCAAACGCCAACAUGAGUAACAGCAGUUUGCUAACCACCGGCUGCAUUGCCGAUAUCAUGCGAGGGACCGAGUUGGAAAAGCCGGUCGUGCAAAUCCUCGGCUCGAAACGUAUUGCCGGAGGCGGCGAGCAAUCCGAACGGUACCGGCUGCUAAUUUCCGACGGCCAGAACCUGUACAGCUUUGCCAUGCUGGCGACGCAGCUGAACGAACUGCACCACAAUGGGCAGCUAGCCGAGUUCACGGUGAUCCGGAUCGAUCGGUACAUUACGUCGGUGGUCAAUCGGAACGAGAAGGGCGAGAAGCGCGUUCUGAUCAUCUUGGAUCUGCACGUGGUCAAGCCGGGCGCAGCAGUUGGCGAGAAGAUUGGCAACCCACAAACGUUGACGGAAACGGGUGCUGGAGGUGGUGGAGGUGCAGCAUCGACAUCGGCCGUUCCAGCCAGGACGGAGUCGGCCGGCAGUGUCAGCAAUGGAUCAGCCUAUCAGAACCGACCGAUGGGUGGUGGAAUGAGCAGUGCCCCGUCCGGUGGCGACGGUUUGUCCCUUGAGAACACGUUGACCCAUCCGAUCAAUUCGCUCAGUCCGUAUCAGAACAAGUGGGUCAUCAGGGCUCGCGUCAUGUCCAAAUCGGGAAUCCGUACCUGGAGCAACGCCAAGGGCGAGGGCAAACUAUUCUCGAUGGACGUUAUGGAUGAAUCCGGUGAAAUCCGUGUCACGGCGUUCAAGGACCAGUGUGACAAGUACUACGAUAUGAUCGAGGUGGACAAGGUUUACUACAUCACCAAGUGCCAGCUGAAGCCGGCCAAUAAGCAGUAUUCGACGUUGAAGAACGACUACGAGAUGACCAUGACCAACGACACGAUCGUUCAGGAAUGCAAAGACGCCGGAUCGUCUAUGCCCUCGAUCCAGUACAACUUUGUGCCGAUUUCCCAGAUUGGGAACAUGGAACCGAACGCCAUGAUCGACGUGAUCGGAGUUUGCAAGGAAGCCGGAGAGGUGAUGCAGUUCACGGCCAGAUCGAGCGGUCGGGAGCUCAAGAAGCGUGAAGUCACGUUGGUGGACUCGAGCAAUGCAGCCGUUUCGUUGACCCUAUGGGGAGACGAUGCCCAGAACUUCAACGCAACCAAUAAUCCGGUGCUGGUGAUCAAGGGAGCGCGGGUGACCGAAUUCGGUGGAGGCAAAUCGCUCGGACUGGUCGCCAGUAGUGUCCUGAAGACCAACCCGGACAAUGAAGAGGCACACAAGAUUCGGGGCUGGUAUCUGGGCGGUGGAUGCGACAACGUUGUGAACAGCGUGUCCACCCGGACCGGAGCUGGCUCAGGCUACUCUACCGAGUGGAUAACGUUCCACGAGGCCAAGGAGAAGAACCUGGGAGCCGGCGAUAAGCCGGACUACUUCCAGGUAAAGGCGCUCAUUCACAACAUCAAGUCGGCCAAUGCGGUCUACAAGGCGUGCCCACAGGCCGAAUGCAACAAGAAGGUUAUCGAUCAGGACAAUGGGCAGUACCGGUGCGAGAAGUGCAACGCCGAUUUCCCGAACUUCAAAUAUCGUCUGCUCGUUAAUAUGUUGGUCGGCGAUUGGACCUCCAACCGCUGGGUGACGGUGUUCACCGAUCUGGCCGAGCAGAUGCUCGGUAAAUCUUCCCAGGACAUUGGCGAUGCGCUCGAGUUCAACAAGGACGAGGCCGAGCAGAUUUUCUCCGCCAUCAACUUCAAAAGCUACGUCUUCAAGCUGCGCACCAAGGUGGAAUUCUACGGAGACUCGUCACGGAACAAAACCACCGCCGUAGCCGCCAAUCCCGUCAACCACAAGGAGUACAAUGCCUAUCUCAUCAAGAACAUCCAGGAGAUGACCGGAAUCAGCAAGCAUUAGGCGCUGGCAAUUGUAACCAAAAAAAGGGAGUGGGUCAUUUGGAAUAAUGAUUAUUUGGUAGAACUAUCGUUUGUCAAACGAACUUAUGUCAAAUGACCCAUUCCCCCCAAAAAACACAAGCUACUCAUUUACAAUACCUUUAUUCCUAUAAUUAUCAUUAUUGUUAGCCAUCUGUGUAAAAAGCACUAUUCCUACAAAUACAACGUUUAAAAAUA